AUGGCUGAGGACACUCAAAACUUCACAGGUAUCAAUGAUGUUACAGGACUUCUUGAAUUGGAAAGCAAUAUGUCAGAUUAUGGCAACAAUUCAUUCAACUUUAACAUGAGUCAAAGACCUUACCCAGGCAUAAAUGGGAGUACUGGGAUUGGACAUCCAAUUAAUGGCACUAAUUAUUUACUUUUUGAGAGUAUAACAAAAAUUAUUAUCAACAGCUUUGUUCUUAUAAUCUGCCUUUUGGGACUUCUGGGAAAUGGAAUGGUCAUCUGGCUUCUUGGCUUCCGCAUGAAGAGGAAUCCUUUCACCACCUACAUCCUGAACCUUUCCAUAGCUGACUUUGGAGUCCUUAUCUUUCUAAUUAUAGUUGAUGCUUUGGUGAUGUUAGUAGAUCAGUAUCAUGGAAUCAAUAUUUUCUCUCUUUUCUUCCUAAUAUUUUUGGAGCUAUUUUUCUUCACAUAUUCUACUAGCCAGUUUCUACUAGCAGCCAUCAGUAUUGACAGAUGUUUGGCUAUCCUUUUCCCACUGUGGCAUCGAUGCCACCGACCAUCCUAUUUAUCCAUUGUUGUUUGUACUUUAAUCUGGAUCGUCUCUUUUCUGCUCUCUGGAAUUCACUUCACCCUCCUUAGGAUCCAGAACUUUGGGAAUUCUCCAUUUUUGUAUCCACUGAUUGUCAAUGUUGCACUUUGUGCUCCUAUUAUGGUUGCCUCCACUCUCAUCCUGGUCAUUCACAUCUGGUGUAAAGCAGAACAACGCCAUCGGGGGAAGCUUGUCACAGCCAUCUUGCUAGCUCUCCUCUUCUUCCUCAUUUUUGCCUUACCACUUAAUGUGUUUUAUAUAAUCCAUCAAUAUCACACUUCUCUUUCCAGCAUAAUGUCCACUGGUUUUGCCUGUGCUUCUCUGAACAGCAGCAUUAAUCCUCUGAUUUAUUUCUUAGUUGGGAAGAGGCAAAAGAAAGGUCAGUCCAGGGUGUCUAUGAAGGUGGCACUCCAGAGGGUUUUCAAGAAUGAGCAUGAACAUACAGAAGAGCAAAACACCACAAGUGAAACUGACAUUUGA